AAUAUUUUUCUGUUGUCAUUUUCAUUUUGAAUUUGAAAAACACUCGAUUUAAUUCAAAUUCAAGCUCUUCAUCUCGUUAUUUUUCGUCUAUUUCUUCGAAAAUUCAUUUCCCAACGCUAAGAUAUUACCAGUUUAUUCAUUCAUCGUUGGGAAACUCCUUCCAUGUUAUCGAGACAAUGAGUAAACCGCGAAAACAAACUCCUGCGGCAGCUCAGCCUGAAAAAGAUACCCUGCACGAUGAAAUGAACGACAACGAAGAAGUCCUGAUCGAAUUGGAAGAAUGUUUAAAGAGUAAAUCCGAAACGAUAGAUAAUCUCAAACAGAACAUAACGAAUUUGGAAAACGACAUCAAAAGAUACACGUCUCCUUAUAACAGCGAAAAGUCUACUUUGGAAGAAGACAUAUCUAUAUUUCGAAACAUCGCCAGUAAAUACGUGAAAAACGAUCUCGUUGAUUUCUACGUCGAUCGUAUGAAGAAAUGCGCUGCUAAUAAAGUGGAAAGCGAUUCGUCCACUAUUAGUGCCUUGUGCGAGGUUAUUUCUAAAGAUGGAUCGUGAAUUGUAUUUUGUCACGUUUGUUUUUCUUUCUCUAUUUAAGGUGUCUUUCGCGUAUUAUUAUUAUUAUUAUGUUAAAAUUUUAUAGAAAUAUUUUUCUUUUUCUUUUUUUGUAUUAAAAUGAUUCGUGUUCUUACUUGA